AUGGAGCCGCUCCUGGCGGUGAAGAUCGGCUGCCUGGUGGCUCUGCUGUUCAUUACCCUCGUCUGCGGCCUCAUCCCGGCCCAGGUCAAGUGGUUCCAGAUCAAAGCGGCCAAAGGGCGGCACCGGCGCAUCCUGAGCUUCAUCGGCUGCUUUGCAGCGGGGGUCUUCCUGGGCGCCUGCCUCAUGCACACGGCGGCCGACGCGCUGACAGACAUCCAGGGGGAGCUGGGCAAGCGGCUGCAGCAGGCUGCCGCUGGGCAGAACCUGACGGGGACACAGAACGACUCGUCUAGAGCCAGUGCCUGUGGGGCUGAGCUGGAUUACCCCUUCGCGGAGCUCGUCAUCUCCCUCGGCUUCUUCCUUGUCUUCCUCACCGAGAGCCUGGUGCUGCACUGCUGCCACGCAGCUCCACCGUCCCACGGGGCCCCGGGCAAGGACCCUGCUUGCUCAGCCCCCAGCGUCCCCUCCGUCCCCCACUCCCAUGGGGUCCCGGGGCCUGGCGGCCCCUCACCUGGCUCCUUCCGGGCCCUGGUGCUCUUCAUUACGCUGUCGCUGCACUCACUCUUCGAGGGGCUGGCGGUGGGGGUGCAGCAGGGCGAGGCGGGGGCCCUCCAGCUCUGCCUGGCUGUGCUGGCCCACAAGGGCGUGAUCGCCUUCAGCCUGGGGCUGCAGCUGGUGCAAAGCGGCACCCGGCCCCGCUGGAGGCUGCUCUACCUGGGCAUUUUCGCCCUCAUGUCCCCCUCUGGCAUGGCCGUUGGCAUCGGGCUCUCGUUCUCGGGCGGGGCGGCCGGCGGGCUGGCCAUGGCCCUGGUGGAGGGGGUGGCAGCCGGCACCUUCCUGUACAUCACCUUCCUGGAGAUCCUGCCCCACGAGCUGAGCUCCCGCGAGCCGCCCCUGGCCAAGUUCUCCUUCAUCGCCCUGGGCUUCACCGUCAUGGCCACCAUUGCUGUCUGGGCCUGA